AUGCGUGAAGAUCCAAGGGCCUUCAAGAGAAUGCGACUGCUGCACACGUGGCAGGAUGCAAGCCUGGGCAACCAGCUGCUCUCCCUCGUCUCCUCCUUUACCUACGCCCUCCUCACCAACCGCACUCUCCUCAUCAACCCUGAGUGCUUCCCUGCUCGUCUUCUCUGCAACCCCUUCCCCUACUCCUCAUGGGCUCCCCCCGCUCUCAACAGGGGUUCCUUCAACCACAUGAGGCUGAGAGCUGAGAAGAGGCGUGUGGGCUACAAUGCGUUUCAAGAACCAGGUGCACCUACAACCAACACCACGGAUGAUACUGAUGCGGCUGAUGCUCUGUUCAGCAACCUCAACUACUCAGUGAACGACACAGAUCUCGUAUUCUUCUGCUCGCAUGAGCAGGAGAGAAUCGCAGCCGUCCGUUUCCUGGCUCUGCUCACAGAGGAGUACGUUCUGCCUGGCUUGUACCUCGUGCCCGAAUUCGAUGCUGAGUUGGAGCUUUUAUUCCCCGACCGCCUGCCGCUGAUGCACGUGGGGCGCUACCUGCUGCACCCCGCCAACUACCUCUGGGAGGAAAUCACCCGCGCCUUCCGAGCCUACCUCGCCCCAUACCAACACAGGGUCGGCAUUCAGAUCCGUGACUUUACCACAGCCAGCAGCAACGAGGGUGAGGCCCUCGCUCGUGUGCUGCACUGUGCUGUCAACAUCUCCCACGGUCUUCCACCCGCCCUGUCUCAUGACCAGUGGCGGCUUCUGGCAAGCAACCAGAGUGCAGCCAACUCAAGCGAUAUGGAGCCAAUCCAGAAGGCAGCAGGAGUUGGCACUGUGCGUAGCGUUGGUGUGCUGGUGGCUUCUUUAAAGCGCUCCUACGUGGAUGCAUUGCACGAGGCAUAUGUGGAAGGGUUACCACUGGAGGGUUACAAUGUUGCAGUUACCAGUUUGAGUCAUGAGGGCGAGCAGAAGACAGGCGACCUGCUGCAGCUGGAGAGAGCUCUCAAGGAGAUGUGGCUGCUCUCCAUGUGCAAUCUGCUGAGUGACAGCUCCACCUUGGGUACAUGGCAGCCAGGCUGGCAGGAGUGCAGCACGUCUGUUGAUACCCUCCUCACCCGCCCUCAUGCCCCACCUCUCAGGACUCCCCUCACCCCCCAGCGACCUGCUGCUUGUGAGUGA